AUGAAUGCUUUCACGAAUCUGGAGAAGCGCACCUACCUGCACAACCGCCCCGAGAAGGACGUCUACAAGAUCCUCAUCGACUGCUAUCGUCUUCGCAUGGAAGAUGACGCCAAGAUCGUCGGUAUCAUGGAGCCAGACUCCAUCUACGCUUCUCGGUACAGCGACGGAAAGGCUGGAUUUCGACGCUUCUUGGAAACGGCAAGGAGAUCGGUCAACGGCAAGCUCUUGCCGCCUUGGUGGAAUGAUGAGAAGCAACAAGAGUGCGAGGUCAUGACUGCUGAUGUGAGUGGGUGGUCGAGCCUGAAGACCAAGCUUAGCAAGGCAGACGUCAUCCAGCACUAUGGCGACGACCACUUCCCGAUGCAGCUGCGCAUGCUUGGGGAGUUCGUUUGGGGAUCGGCGCCUGGUGGACAGGAUGGUACUCAGAUGAGACGCAUGUUGGCAUCGCGGGAGACAAGUACUGCCGGUCCAGGUUUCGUGGAUGUAUUGCACAUUGACAGCACUACCGGAACCGGGUAUAUCUCGGCCUUCAAUUGA